AUGCUUUGGCUACGCACAGCCACUAAGAAUGACCUUAUAUUAUUUGAGAAUCAGUUGCCCUUUGUUGUCCUGCAGAAACUGUUCGAUAUGACCAAGUCAUCGCGAAGCGAAGAAGAGAACCUUAUUGACCUAGCUAUUGCUCUCCCUCUAUUCUUCAACUUGCCUCAUCGAGAUCUAAAUUCUCAUCCUACAAACUUCGCACAUGAUGAGGCGGUUCAUCUUCUUGGCCUCGUGCACAAAAUUCUGUCUGCCUCAUUUUCUGAAACACUUACUUCAACCACUUAUUCCAAUACUACACACUCAUCUCUGUUCCUAAAAUCAGCUGGUGAGCUCCGACAAAGUGGAAUCAAGUUCGAGAAGGCAGCGGAUGGUAAAUCCUCGUUUCAUAUCACUUUCGAAAAUGGUGUACUUAAAAUCCCUCCUCUAUAUGUGGGUGAUUCUACAGAAUCCGUCUUCAGAAACUUGAUUGCAUAUGAAGAGUAUAUGUCUAAUCCAUUUGAGACAUGGAGGUGUAUAAGUGAUUACAUAUUCUUCAUAGAUUUUCUCAUAGAUUCCCCAUCCAAUGUUGAAACGCUUCGCAGCCAUGAUAUCAUCGAGAAUCUGUUAGGUAGUGAUGAAGCACUCUCUACAAUGUUUAACAAGCUAUGCAAACAUGUCAAUGUUGGCCAGAGAUUCUGUUACACCAGAAUUUUUUAUGAUGUGGACAAGUACUCUCGCAAGCGCUGGCAUAUUUGGAGGGCGCACCUGGUGAGGAAAUAUUUUAAUAACUCGUGGUCUUUCAUUGCGUUUCUGGCUGCAAGUGCCUUGCUUCUCCUAGCAACUGUGCAGGCCAUAUUUUCCAUCCUACAGUAUACGAAACAGAAGUAA